AUGAUAUUCAAGAGAUUAGCCAUUUUCGGGUCAAUUCUCCUAGCUCUCACUCAAAGUAAGGCCGAAGAAGAAGUUACGUCCACCGAAACCAAGUAUGUGACAAACGCGUGUUUGGAUGGACAAGUUUCUUCUAUCAUGUCCAACAAUCCUCCAUCGCAGACUACUGGGAUUCCUAUAGUCUUUGUCUACGCCAACAAUGACAAGCCUAAUACCAUUAUAAACACCUCGACAUUUGAGUACACUGUUAGUGAGAAAUCUACUGUCACCGAAACUGUCACUAAUUGUGGUUUUCUAUCAUGUCAAACUACGUCAAUUGAACAUAUUGUCAACACAGUGUACAAGACAACAGCUUGUGUCACUUAUACAACUACCACGUCUGCUACUGCUACAGUAACUUCCUACUCAAGUUCAAGUUAUAGUACUUCUCUGUCAAUCAAAAAUACCAAAUAUCUCUAUGAGACAGACACCGAAUCUGUCAUCAAGGAAGCUACCAUCACGAUGACUGCACCAACAACGACAACCACUGUGUUCAGUGCCACUACAGUACCUACCACCUUAUUCGAGUCUUGCACUUCGAAGGAAACUAUUGCAACUACAAAAAAGAAUCCUUUAAUUACCCAAUCUCCAAUUUCUCUGGCUAACUCCAAGACUAUUAAUACUGAUCAGUAUUCUAGUCCUGUGACUAUUUGUAUUACAACAACUACCGAUUCUGCUGGAGAUGACAACUUACUUUCUUCCAAAGCUCAAACAGUUCUGACUAUCGAUUUGAGACUUUCAGAAGAACCUGUCUACGCCACCACAAGCAAGUCUACAUUUGGAAUCUACCAUAACUCAACGAGUGAUUGCGUAUCAUCUGGAUACUCCAGCUCUUAUGUCUUGUCGAGUUCGCUGCUUACUUCUUCAUCGGCUGGUACUACUUCUUCUUCCUCAGUUUCGUCGUCUUCUUCUUCUAGUAGCCCAGCUCCUGUUGAAACGUCAGUUGUUCCAGAACCUCAGACUUGUUACUCUGGAGAUUUAUUUGAAGUCAUUUCAACUUCUUCUCCUCCAUCAGUUUUUGCCAGGCAAGAACUUCCUCUCUCAAUUCCAGCUGGGAUCAAUAAUGACGGAGUUCCUAUCGAAACCAACAAGUUCUAUGCCAACUUGUUCUUAGGGGACCAAACUGAUCAGAUCUGGUCUUACCCAUACGGGUUGUUCUGGACAAAGGCUGACUACUAUGGUUUCGCUAUCCAACACACUAAUACAUCCAACCGUGUAUUUGGCUCUCAAAACACCAAUAACGUUGGCGUCGAUUCUUAUUACUUCAAUCCUAUCCAAGUUGGGGAAAUGAUUCUUUCAUCUACUUCAUUGUCAGAAAGCAACAACUAUUUGGGAGUUUCGGAAAUGAAGAGUAUGUCUGUUUCUGUUGCUAUAUCUGCUUCCCAAGGCGAUCCUACCAAUUUCAUUGAAAUUCCAAUUGUCCAAGGUAUGGGGUUUGUCACUGGAAUCUACCACGGUGACAUGGUUCCUCUUUUGAAUUCUUUGGUUGGUAUCGAAACUCUUACCAAAGAGUCUUCUUCUGCUUUGCCAUCUACCAUCUUGAAAUACCGUGCCACUUUGUUUACUGGUGGUGAAUGGUUGGUUUAUGUUACUUUGCCAAGUUCUUCGGUUGACUUUGAAUUGACUGCCAAGGAUCCAUAUAACCUUGAAGGUUCUCAAGCUAUUGAUGGUCUUAUUAUUCAGAUCGCUUCUGCUCCAGAAGAGUCUUCACUCGAUGGAUUUUAUGACGAGGCUGCAGGUCAGUAUGUUGUUAGUGCUGUUGUACAAGGAUCUGUUGCAUGUAGUACUUCUGCUACCUACGAAUUUGCUUAUACAACUGAAGGUAGGUCGAACUCUGGAUAUCCACUUGUUUUUGCCUUCCCACAUCACGUUGAGUCGUUAGACGGUUCCGUCGCAGGUGCCUCUACAGGUAUUCAAUUGUCAUCGACAACCAAGGGUCAAAUGACAGGUUACUUGACGAACAAAUUGACCAUGACAGAGACUUUGGAAACAAAUAUCCAGUUCUUGCCAUGGGUUCAAGGUUUGUCAGGAACUUUGACUUACUCCGCUGAUUUACUUAAGCUUAUAGCCGAAGUAGCAAACUCGGAACUCCAGGUUGACAUGGCUGAAACUGUUGCUUCUAUGGAUUCAAAUUACUUUUCAGGUAAGGUCAUUGACAAGUACGCAUACAUCCUUUUGGUCGUUAGUGAAAUUCUCAAGGAUGACGAAGUAACAGCCAGUACCUUGUCUUCUUUGAAACAAGCGUUCGAGCCUUUCUUGAACAACCAGCAAUAUUAUCCACUUAUGUAUGAUACAAAAUUCGGAGGUAUUACAUCUACAGCCUCACAAGGUGGAGAUACUGGUGCAGACUUUGGAUCUGCUUACUACAAUGAUCACCACUUUCAUUACGGUUAUUUCGUCCAUGCUGCUGCUAUAGUUGGUUACAUCGACAACAAGCAAGGUGGUACUUGGGUAGAAGACAACAAGGACUGGGUCAAUGCAUUGAUAAGAGAUGUAGCCAACCCAUCAGAAGAAGACAAUUACUUCCCAGUGUCAAGAAUGUUUGAUUGGUUUGCUGGUCACUCUUGGGCUGCAGGUUUGUUUGCCAGUGGUGAUGGUAAAAACGAAGAAUCGACAUCCGAGGACUACAACUUUGCCUACGGUAUGAAAUUGUGGGGCCAGAUUAUCGGUGACCAAUCAAUGGAAUCAAGGGGUGACUUGAUGUUGGCUAUCAUGGCAAGGUCUAUGAACUUGUACUUCCUCUACAAGAGCGACAACACUAUUCAACCAGCAGAAAUUCUUCCAAACAAAGUUAGUGGUAUUUUCUUCGAUAACAAGGUUGACUACACCACUUACUUUGGUUCUCCAGACCAACAUCCGGAAUACGUCCAUGGUGUUCACAUGUUGCCCGUCACUCCAGCCUCUUCGUUGAUCAGAGGUGCUUCCUACGUUCAAGAGGAAUGGACCGACCAAGUUUCCACUUUCAUUGGAAAUGUCAACAGCGGUUGGACUGGUAUCUUGAGAUUGAACCAGGCUUUGUUUGAUUCCAAUUCAGCCUACUCCUUCUUCUCGUCGGACAGCUGGUCGUCCACAUAUUUGGACAACGGCUUGAGUAGAACUUGGAGUUUGGCGUUUUCCGGAGGUAUUGCCGGUUCUACCUAG